CUUAAACUUGUAACGCCAAAAUAGUAAAAAGCUCCGUGGAGUGGCGGGCCAGGGCAGGCUCGACAGGACCUGCCCCACCUAGCCGGGACUAGACUUGCGUGCGCCUUUCCAACUGAAACCUUCCCGCGCACAUGAUGACUGAAGGCGCCAAACCUAUCUCCUUGGUUCCAGAAAGCAUCAUAUAAAGUGUGUUGGGCCAACCGAGUGGACUCGUCGGGGCAACCAAAAGUUUUCGAGCGCGUUGGGAGUUACGGCCCAACCACUCACGUUGACCGGCUGGUCAAGCACCAUCAGCUUAAUGCAUUGAGCUAGCAGCCCGCCCAGCGAGCCAUGCCACCCGUUUGGCGCCCAGUUUGGGCCUUGCCAUCUCGUCAUAACCCUCGAGCAAGGAUUUCUGCCCUCGUUGACCACCGGCAUGCUUGCGUCUGGAACCUCUAAGCCCUGUCAGGGCGCUCGGGUGUCCUUGCCUUGACUCAGAACGCCCAGUGAGUUCAAUGCAUGCGGCUUUUGGAGAGCCGACCCCCGCCCACCUGUCACAGGCAACUGCAAUCAAUAGGCACGCGCCCAAGGGGUCUCAAAACCCCGUCAGAGGCGCUCAAGAGUGGCAUUCGCAACCCGGCCUCAUGCGCCCCCUUCCUGGAGCUGACCGCCCCCGCAAAGACUGACCGGUCCUCUAGCAGUCUCUAGGGCAUACCCACGUCCAAUACUAUGCCAGAUUUAUGCAACAUGACAGACAAACAAAGCGCUAAAGUCUUUGUAGGCGGGCUGAGCUGGGAGACGACGGGAGAGAAGCUUCGGGCUUAUAUGGAAAACUUUGGGUCGGUCCGCGAGGCCUUUGUCUCUUACAACCGCAACAACGGACGCCCUAGAGGCUUCGGCUUUGUGGUCUUCGAGAGCCCGGAGGUCGCGGACAAGGUGGUGGCGACCAAGCACAUGAUUGACCGGCGAGAGGUUGAAGCCAAAAGGGCUGUGCCGAAGGAGGACGCGCCGGAGGAGAAGCAGCAGGGCUCGGCGCCGCAGCGCACCAAGAAAAUCUUCGUGGGCGGCCUCGCGCCCACGGUCGACGAGGCCCAGCUCCGCCAGCAUUUCAGCGACUUCGGAACAGUAGAGGAUGCGGUGGUCAUGUAUGACCACGAGAACAAGCGGCCGCGCGGCUUCGGCUUUGUGACCUUCGCAGAGGAGGAGGCAGUGGAACGCGUUUUCAGCCAUGGCGCAGUUCAGACCAUUGCAGACAAGCCUAUCGAGGUUAAAUCAGCAGUGCCCCGGGACCAAAUGCCGCCAACUCCACGGAUGCAGGGCAGCUAUUACGGUCAGCCGCCCCACCGCGGCGGACCGCCGGGGCCGGGCUAUGGGCCAGGGCCGCAUCGUGGACCCAACUUUGCUGGCCCGCCACCCUACGGCCCGCCUGGCCCCGGAUACCCGCCGCCGUAUGGAGGCUACGGCCGGCCGUUCAACGGCCGGCCACCGAACAAUUACGGCGCCUACGGUCCCCGCAACCCAGGGCCGGGCGGGCCCGGUGGUCGCGGUCAGCCGCCCAUGCCCGGGCCACUGGGCCCAGGCGCCUACGGCGGUUAUCCCCAGCAGCGCUUUCCUCCGGCGAACCAGGGCCCCGGUGCUCAGGGCGGCAGUGGUGGCAAUGCAUCGGCAGCGUCGGGCAAGGUGCCGCCCAUGCCCAAUGCUUACGACGUGUACAGCGGGCAGCUGAACGGCGUCAACAACGCAGCCAUGCUUUCAUCACUCUACAACAUCGCUGGUCUGCAGCUACCCAAUGGCUUGCCUGCCGCGGCAGCGGCAGCUGCCGCAGGCGUGAACCCGAAGCAGCUCAACUCGCUCAACAACCAGCUCAACGCACUCAAGCUGGCCAACUUCGCUGCCAAUUUCGCCAACCAACCGGACGGCACUUACCCUGACGACGAGGCGGCAGCAUACGCAGCGUCACAGCAGGAAUACGCGGCCACAGCAGAAGCCAUCCAGCAGGCGGGCCUGAAUGGAUUAGCGGCAGUGAACGCGGACUUCAACACAUUGCACGACGCGGGCUUCACGACAGCGCCAGCCCCCGGCUGGUCCAGCUAGCUCAUGCACCAUGCAUGACAGCCGGUGCGCGCGUUGGCCCCCAGUCGCACUGAGACACGUGCAUUUACGCUGACAGACGACGACCAUCCGCUCGGACAGACCUACCUACAACCGACAAGCGGUGUUGAGGGCCAGUUGUUGUACCAUAGCUGCAGACGCCUUCUGAUCCCCUGACAUGACGGCGCCAUGCCUGGCAUUCCGCGCCAUGACCAACUGACUUGACCAACCGCACUAAAUCCUGUCGUUGGUAGUGGCGGGUUACAGACAGCAGAGGUUGAGAGGUGAGCGAGAUAGUUUCGGCGGCAAUCCUCGUCACGACACAGUGCAUUGGCCAAUAGGGCAGGACAGGCAGGCUAGGAUUAGACAGGCCAGACGGAGCCAGGUGUACGGCUGCAGACGGGAUACACUUCUUAUGCGUGGUUAGCUGUGCCAUAAGGUGUGUCAAGGUGCUCAUAGGGCCAGCCGUGAACGUGCGUCGUGGAUAUUAACGAGGCUAGAGGAGGUAGGCAGAACAACAUAUUCUGAUAUUCACAUGAGUGGGCAUAUUUUAGGAUACAGUCAGGCUAGGAUUGUGUGCACAGAGGUAGUGUGUGUACAGGCACAACCAGGAGACUGCUCAUUGUUGCCGCAAUAAUGCGCUGUUGGCGUCGGUACGGGUUUUGGUACGUGCCAGGCGCGUCCUAGCCACAAUGAAAGUCAAAUGGGUGCACGCCCUGACAUCCCAUACUUCAGAACCGAUAUCCUAUGUCGAUAAGACGUGGGUAAAGAUACAGCAAGCGAUGGGGUGAUCGACGUGCC